AUGGCUGGCCCACCCCGGCCUGCCUCUGCUAUUCCAGCAGCUGCAAGAAGGACCAAUUUGCGUCAACCCACUCGACGAACCGGCUCCACCGUGCCGGAGAGAGUGGCAUCGCCCGCAGUAACAGGGAGACCGACUUCCACUGCUAUGACACGUGCGACCAAACCGAGCCCUGACCAAUCUGCCACCGGAAAACGAAAGGAGAGAGACUAUGAACGUGAAAUCAACGAAGACACCAGCAUCCAUGUGGUGGUGCGCUGCCGCGGUCGCAAUCAGCGCGAGAUCAAGGAGAACAGUGGUGUGGUGUUGUCCACUGAAGGUGUCAGCGGAAAGAAUGUGGAUUUGUCUAUGGGACCGAAUGCGAUCUCUAACAAGACCUACGCUUUCGACAAGGUGUUCUCGCCAGGCGCCGAUCAAGUAAUUGUUUACGAUGAGGUGGUUGUACCAAUUGUCAACGAGAUGCUUGCAGGCUUCAACUGUACUAUCUUCGCUUACGGUCAAACUGGAACAGGAAAGACAUAUACCAUGUCUGGAGACAUGACCGACACCCUUGGGAUUUUGUCCGAUGACGCUGGUAUCAUACCGCGCACACUCUACUCUUUAUUCCACAAACUCGAAGAGACCGAAAGCACAGUCAAAUGCUCCUUCAUCGAACUCUACAAUGAGGAGCUGCGCGAUCUGCUGUCCGCCGACGACAACACAAAACUCAAAAUCUUCGAGAACGAAAAGAAAGGUCACGCGGGUACCAUGGUGCAAGGGAUGGAGGAAACUUACAUUGAUUCCGCUUCCUCCGGUAUUAAACUGCUCCAAUUGGGCAGUCACAGACGCCAAGUCGCCGCGACCAAAUGCAACGAUCUCAGUUCCCGCAGUCACACCAUUUUCACCAUCACCGUUUUUACCAAACGCCUUACUGACUCGGGUGAGGAGUAUGUCAGCUCUGGAAAGUUGAAUUUGGUGGAUUUGGCUGGUAGCGAGAAUAUUGGUCGAAGCGGCGCGGAGAACAAGCGGGCCGCCGAAGCGGGCUUGAUCAACAAGAGUUUGUUGACAUUGGGACGUGUGAUCAACGCGCUGGUGGACAAGAGUGCCCACAUCCCGUAUCGAGAGUCGAAGCUCACUCGUCUGUUGCAAGACUCUCUAGGUGGUCGAACAAAAACCUGUAUUAUUGCCACGGUUUCCCCAUCAAAAAGCAACCUGGAGGAAACAAUUUCGACCCUCGAUUACGCAUUCCGAGCCAAGAACAUUCGCAACAAGCCUCAAAUCAACUCUCUUGUGUCGAAAAACAAGCUGCUCCGAGAGAUCGGCAUGGAAAUUGAGAAGCUGAAGAGCGAUCUUAUUGCAACCCGCCACCGCAACGGUGUGUACAUGACCCCGGUUGCGUAUGAGGAGAUGACCAUGGAAAGCGAGUCCCGGCGAAUCGUCAACGAGGAACAGCGAGCCAGAAUUGAAUCCAUGGAAGCGAGUCUUCGUCACAAAGUGCAGGAGUUGUUCACCCUCACCAGCAACUUCAAUACCCUGAAGCAGGACAAUGAAUAUACCCAGCACAAGCUGACCGACACCCGGGGCGUGCUGGAGCAAACAGAAAAGAACCUCAAGCACACCUCCGAGCAGCUGGAUGAGGAGACACUUGUGCGGAAAGCUCAUCAGAGCACUGAGAGCAGACUUCGUCAAAUCGGAGCAGAGAUUCUGACCACCCUGGAUGGCACCGUCGCGGACGUUAAUGGUCUGCACGCGAAGAUUGACCGCAAGGACAACCUGGAGUCGGAUAAUCACCAGACCUGGCAGUCGUCCACGGAUGAAGUUAGCCAAGUCACCCAGCAAAUCGAUGCCCGCAUGGAAAACUUCCAGAUGCAGCAUGCUAAUCUUUUGGCGAGCAUGUCGGGCCGUAUCCAUCGUUUUGUUGACUCCGAGCUUAGCGCAGUCAACUCUGCUCGGUCUCAGCUACAAGAAUUUGGCUCCACCUUUGACAAGGUUGAAUCCGAUGCCAAGAGCCAAACUUCCGGUGCUCACGAUGAGAUGAAUGAAGUUCUUGAGGAGAUCAAGAUACUUCGUGAGGAUGUGAAGACCAAGGUUGGCGAGGGUCUGAAUGGACUGUCUGCUGCUGCAGCUCGCAUUUCCAAGGAGGUUAUUGGCGAGUUCUCCGAAUUUCACUCCCAGCUGCAUACAUCCUACAGCACCCUUGGCAAGGAUUUCAAGGGCAUGUUUGAGAACAUGGUCUCGCAUCUGGAGCAGCAGAAAUCCGAGAUCAACAAGUUGCGCCUUGAGCUUCAAGAAGCCAACCGCCAGUCGGUGGAGGCUAACCGCAAGGCUUCCCAAAAUCUUGCUCAAGUUCUCGAAGAGGAGCAUGCGAGUGCUCAAUCAGAGCGCGACAACCUCAUGUCGCAGAUUCGCAUGCUGCUGGAUGAGUCGAGCUCACGGCAGUCCAGUCGCCUCAAGGGCAAGGUUGAUACCCUUCGUAACGACAUGACCGCUUCGGGUGACUCUCUUGAACAUGCUACAGCGCAGUAUGACCGACACAUUGAUGAAUGGAUCUUCAAGGAGGAGCAAUUUGCCAAGGACGUCACUGCAUCUAGAGACGAGAUCAAGGCCAAGAUGCAGACGGACUGGGAGACCUUUGACCAACGCAAUGCUUCCAUCCAGCGAGUUACGGAGUCGGUUCACCAGGAGACUGUGCGGAUUGUGGAUGCUCAGAUGAGCGACAUGAGCAAGCAAAUGGAGGCCCUUGACGAUUUCGUUGCGAAGGCCCGGUCGCACAAUGGCCGUUUCCAUGAAUCACACAUUGGCAGCCUGGACGCCAUUUCCAAGAAUGUCCGGGAGUCUCGCACCGCCGUGCAAGGGCAGCUGGACGGCUUCGGUGAACGCAUCGGCCGUCUCCAGGAGGAUACCAACAUGCACACCGAGAAGCUCGAGCAGUCCACUGCACCUCUUCAGGAUGGUGUCCGCCAACCUCUUAUCGAACUUCGCGCCAACAUCCAAAGCCAUCCGAUGAAGGAGUACGUGCCGACUGGUAUCACUCCUCAAAAGCGGCGCUAUGAAUACCCCUCGACUCUCCCUCGCACCGAACCCCAUGAGGGUCUUCGGUCACGGCAUCGAGUUUCCAAGCAAUUCACUGCUCUUCCCUUCAACGAGGAGCCCUUGCCUCCCCCUCUCCCAGAAUCCCCAGCCUCCUCGCCAUCUAAAUCCUAUGUGUAUAGCGAUGCCGCGGAAGAGGUAACUCACCCCUCUUCUUCAUCCGCGCCCACUUCCAACACUGGCCUUAGGGAAGUCGAUGUAAACGUCGCCAGACAAGUCGGAUGUGAUGACGACGACACUGCGUCUUCCAAACCCGAUUCUUCCGCCGCCCCAGUCAUCACAGACCUGGACGAAACCCCCGAAAAGGACGAGCCCGAGCAACCGGCUCUCAAGCGCCGCCGCUCCGCGUCCACCAACCCCGCGGAAAGCAAACUGCCUCAGAAAAUGCUCUCCAAGAGGAUGGCCGGCAUGAUGGAGGGUCGCGAGAACGUGCCUCCGUCUACAGCUGCCGGUCGUCGCUACCUCCGAACCCGUCCCUCGGACUAG